UGUGCGCCUUAGUUGUUGAGAUCCUCAUCAUUAUCAUCAGCAGCAGCAAAAACAACGACGAGAACGACAGAAACAGCGAGGAGACAUUCGCGACCGCUUUUGGAGAAAUAGUUUUGUUGACAUAAGCUGCUUUGUGGCACAAGUCGACUACCAGAGUUCCCAUAUCCCGUGCUCUCAAAUUGGUAGUGCUAAAAUAUGUUUCAUUUUCCCCGGCAAUCCUAAUGUCUACACUCUGCUUCCUCUUUUUCCUUUUUUUUCAAACCUGCACUGCUUAUUAUGCACACAUCUCACUUUAUUAUCACAAGCUUCACUUUGAUUUACAAGUUUGUAAGAACUACCCUCAUAAUUUUGAACCUUUCUGGUUAUUUAUUUUAUCGUCUUACCUUACCUCCUGCUGCUUGACUAAUGCCCCGUAGUGGGUAAGUUCCAUUGAGUGAGAAUAAGAACAAGGAUCAUUCUGUGCUCUCUCCCCGGCAGCUGUGAAGGAGCACGAACGCAAGCCCAAGCUUCGCCGACAACGAACGACAUUGAGACACGCCCUUGCCAAAGAUGGUGGCAUCAUUUUCACGCGGCGAACCCCUUCAGCGCCACGUCAAGUUCCAGGGUGUAUGGCGCAAGUGGAUGUUUGGAGUCGUGAGCGCCGCGCUUCUGAUGGGCACGACCAUUGCCGUGGCCUUCACCUACCCAGCAUACGAGCCUGGUACUCGUGGACCACUUUGCCUGGCACCUGCGCUCCACGAAUGUUCCCUAGGGACCAAUGACAGCUCGAGGACGUCGGGCCUGCGCUCUGCGCCAUGGUUCUUUGUGCGCAGCCGCCGCAAGGGCCACUGCGUGCAGUGGAACGCCGACCAAGUCUGCCUGGGUCUGUCGCGUCUCCACUUCGACAGCCUUUCUCUGUGCCAAGCCUACUGCGAGAAAGACACGCCCAGCGCUCGCUGCACGCAGCCCGUGGACACCGGCAUGCUGCACUGCACCAACGAGGAGUACCAGCACGGGCGCAAGAAGCAGUGGUGGUACUACGACAGCCAGGACAGGACGUGUCGCCAGUGGGGACAGGUGUGCCUGGCGAACACCUACGCCAGCCUGCGGGCUUGCGCUGCCGCUUGCCUCAGGCGGCGCUGACUCCGCAACGACGACGCGGAUCUGCGGCGACCAGCCGGGACUCGACUCGGCUCGACUUUGUUGCCUAUCACCUCAAGUCGCCUUUGUACCGAAUCGAUUCGGAACCAUACCAGUGGAUCGGAGGACAGCGGUGUACUUUUAAAAUAUUUCCUCGCCUAGGACUGUUCUCGUUAGCUUCAGGGGAAGCGGGCUCCAGUAAACCUAAUUGGAUAUAUUAACACAGUAUGAACUCACCCGAUGUAUAUCGUUCAGUUCGGAGCUUGCUUGGUUUGUUUGCUUCUUACAGCAGUCUUGUACCACUUGUGCGGUAGAAAGUGAAUAAGAAAAAAAAGCUCGUGAGCCUCCUCGUUUUCCCCACUGUGAGCCUUUCGCAUAUCACGAGCAUCGAGGCACGCAAAGUUCACCUGAUUGCUCAUUCGCUUUCAUCAUCUACGAACCCCCCAAUCUUGGAACGAUAGCAAAUAAAGUUCAAGUUGUAUGAGCAAACUAGUUUCAUCACGCAUGUCGGACAUUUCGUUGCCUUUUCCUCGACAUCCUUGACAAUUGUACGUUUUCUUUUGUGCUGUGUAAAUAAAUUCUAUAAAUAUCAAAGCUUCAGCAACAACCAUGUAACACCGUUCUCAAAAAAAAAUUUUUUUUAAUGUUCAUUUAAAUAAAGUGUAAGAUAAAGUACGAAUUCAAGAAAGAAAAGCCUAGGUGGUGGUGGUGGUUCUUGUUGUUGCCUCAAAACAUGGCUUGGUACCCACGGGUGCGAUGCGCCACACUGGAUGGACAGAAAAGAUACAAAAAGUGGUAAAGGCGAAUAUUCAGAACAAAGCAUUUGGCAACUAACAGAUAACAGAGUUUGAGAGGACCUGUACAUGAAUUUACAACAAAAAAUAAACUGAAAAACUAAAAAAAAAAAUAAGAUAUCCCACGGCCGGUACCCUAGCAGCGUAACCUUCCGGAUGUUUCAAUGAAUUUCUGCAGAGCAGUAAUCUUCGAACCAUGGCUUGUGCCUAAUUGACAGGCCCCAAAAGUUUGCUGUUGUAAGUGUUAAACCAAGUUUACUAGUUGGAAAUAUGAGGACUAUUCUGCGGAUGGAGAAGACGUGGCGGCAACAAAGAAAGAAAUGGUCAAUUGUUUCUGGUUCAUUACAGAAAGAGCAGAGGUUAGUAAUGGAUAAACCAGAUCUAUGAAGGUGAGAACAUAGGCGGGGAACUCUACAGCGGAAGCUUGAUAACGUCACUUCGCACUGGCGUGAAAGGCAUUUGC